CUGCUCACUCACCCUCCCUUCUUGAAAUCUCUCAUCUCUAUCCUCUGCCGCUGUCACACCCACAGGAGAGCCAUUCCAAGGGCCACUUUCAAGCCCUUUUCCUUGUCCUCAAACCCGCGGUUCUCAACCAUUCCCAGCUUCCCGUCAAGGCUGCCUCGACGGCCCCCAUUCACGGACCCCAGCCCCCUCUCUGGGCUGGAAGGUGACAACCGCGAAAAGGAGGGCGACUCUCUCCUCCGCGGGACUUCACGUGACAUCACAUCCUCCGAACGCGAAAUCGGCUCCGCGGCCGGCCGAAGGGCGCAACUUCCUCGGUCGGCGUCCCACUGGCUCCUGCGCUCCUCCGAGCUUCGAGCCGCGAGCGGAGCGGCGCCGCGGGGAGCGCGCCAUGGCCUCGCCGGUGACCGCCCUGCUCCUGCCGCUGGCCCUGGUGCUCCAUGCCGCCGCGGUCCUCGAGUCAUUCUCGUUCCGGAUGUCGCCGGUGCAGGUGCAGGCUCGCCUGGGCGAGAAGGUGAAGCUGCACUGCGAGGUGCUGCAGUCCAGCAUGACGUCGGGCUGCUCCUGGCUCUACCAGAAGCCCGGGGCCGCCUCCAGACCCAUCUUCCUAGUGUACCUCUCCAGCACGCGGUCCAAGCCGGCCGAGGGGCUGGACACCAAUUACAUCUCCGGCGCCAAGGCUGAGGGCGCCAACUUCCACCUCACUCUGCACCGCUUCCGCGAGGAGGACCAAGGCUACUAUUUUUGCUCGUUCAUGAGCAACUCGGUUAUGUACUUCAGCAAUUUCGUGCCUGUCUUCUUGCCAGCGAAGCCCACCACGACGCCGGCGACGCCACGAUCCACGCGGGCGCCCACCAAAGCGUUGCAGACUGUGUCUCCGCGCCCAGAGGUGUGCCGGCCCUCGGCGGGCAGCGCAGUAGAUACAAGGGGGCUGGAUUUCUCCUGCGAUAUCUACAUCUGGGCGCCCCUGGCCGGGACCUGCGCCAUCCUUCUCCUGUUAUUGGUCAUCACGGUCAUCUGCCACCGUCGUAACCGAAGACGCGUCUGCAAAUGUCCCAGGCCUGUGGUCAGACAGGGAGGCAAGCCCAGCCCUUCAGAGAGAUGCACCUAGCAUGGCGAUGGGCCCCGCGUGACAGCCACUACAAGACUUCAAACUGAGAACUCUCCUGACGGGGAGAGCAAGAGUCCUUCCCUUUCGGUUUCUCCAGCCUUCCUUCCUUCCAUAUGUAUUAAUUCUCAUUAUUAUUGUUUUCCGGGGGGUGGGGUGGGAAGGGUUAACUUUUUCUUUACGUGUUUACUUUAACUGACACAA